CUCUGGAAUUGCAGAAACUGGCCUCCACCCUCUCCCACAGACCAAGCUAGACGCCCAGGUGGGGCCUCCAGGGGAGCGCGGCCACCAUGGCUCUGAAGUCCCUCGUCCUGUUCUCACUGCUGGUCCUGGUGCUGCUGGUGCUGGCGGGGGCCCGGCCUAACCGGCUGAGGGAGUCUCAGGCCGAAAGGUUCCAGCGGCAGCACAUGGACCCAGGCAAUUUCCCUGAAAGCAACUCCACCUACUGCAACCUGAUGAUGAGACGCCGGAAUAUGACACAGGGGCGCUGUAAGCCAGUGAACACCUUUGUGCACGAGUCCCUGGUGGACGUCCAGGCCGUUUGCCUUGAGAGAAACAUCACCUGCAAGAAUGGGCAGCCCAACUGCCACCAGAGCAAUUCCACAAUGAACAUCACAGACUGUCGCCUGACUCGUGGCUCCAAGUACCCCAACUGUGCCUACCAGACCAGCAGCAAAGAAGGACACAUAAUCAUUGCCUGUGUGGGGGACCCUCUUGUGCCCGUCCACUACGAUGGUUCCGUGGAUGUCUCUACCUCAGCUUGGAGCACAGAUGCUCCUACUACCUCACCCUUGUGGCUCCCACUCUCAGGAGCUCUUCCCUCUUCACCCUGAUGGGAAUAACUCAGGUUGGGGCUCUGCCAUCUCACACCAGGAUCCAUGCCUGAAGCUUGUACCACAUGGCUUUGGGGUGUGGUGAGACAUGACUUGUGUGGGGCCCCAUGUUAAUCACUUCACUGCUUCUUUCAAUAAAAUGCAGUUGCAACCACAAGCCGCCCCAGCCAGGGACUGUCUGUGU